GCCGUCCCCGGAGCCCCGCCCCAGCCGCCGUGGAUAGGCGGCCCCCAGGUUCCCCGGGCCCCCGUUCUCCUGCGGUAUUUAGACCGGGGCGGACCCGGGGCGGGCUCAGGGUGGGGCAGGCGGGGCUUCCUGGCCCUGUGCCCCCCCUCCCCGCGCCACCUCCUCCCCCCCUUCCUUUUCGUGCCACCUGCACUGCCCUCACUCCCCCCUCCUCGGGCAGCCCUCGGCCCGCCCCUCUCCCCACUCCUCAGGCCCCACCCCCGCUCUCACGCCGCUCUCAGCCCCCUCCCGAUGCUUCAAAGGCACUCCGGAGGCCGGACCCCCGGCAGACGGAGGACCUCUGCUCCCGCACGCUGAGACCCCGAGCCGUCUGCUUGCAGCCCUCGGGAGACGGGGAGCUCACUACCCGCCAUGGCCGCCCCCGUGGGCCGCCUCUGCCACAUCUCCUUGCACGUCCCCCGCGGCCAGCCCCUGGCGCGGGACCUGCAGCGUUGUUUCGGCUUCCGGCCCGUGGCCGUGCGGGAGACCGGCGGCUGGCGCCAGCUGGCCCUGCGCAGCGGGGACGCCGUGUUCCUGGUGAACGAGAGCGCGCCCGGCUCGGGGGACGGCCGCGAGGGGCCCCUCUACGACGUGGACCCCGCGCACGCCGUGCCCACCGCCUCCAACGUGUGCUUCGAAGUGGCGGACGUGCGGGGGGCCGUCGGGGCGCUGCGGGAGCUGGGCUGCCAGGUGGCGGUGCAGCCCCGGGCCGUGGCCGACGCCCAGGGCUCCGUCACCUACGCCGUGGUGCGCUCCCCGGUCGGCAACCUGAGCCACACGCUGCUGCAGCGGGGCGCUUACCGGGGGCCCUUCCUGCCGGGCUUCCAGGGAUGCGGCGGCCCCGACGGCCCCGGCCCCGACGGCCCCGGCCCCGGCCACUGGUUCAGCCAUGUGGACCACAUAGCGCUGGCCUGCCCCCGGGGCAGCGCGAGCUCGUGGCGGCGCUGGUACCAGGAGUGUCUGGGCUUCCGCCGCUUCAGCCUGGACCCCGCCGAUGACCACCCCGAGCACGGCUUGGAGAUCCGGGCCGGCCGGGCCGGGGGCCUGCGGCUGACUUCCUUGCAGGCGCCCCCGGGCAGCCAGGCCCCGUUGCUGGUGCUGGGCGAGUCCCUGCCCAGCCUGCCCGGGGCCCGGGACCAGAUCGAGCUCUUCCUGGCCCAGCACGGGGCCCCGGGCCUGCAGCACGUGGCCCUCUACACGGGAGACGUCCUGGACUCGGCCCGUCGGGUGUCGGAGGCCGGCGGCCGCUUGGUGACCCCUCCGGACGCCUACUACCGGCAGGCCGGCAAAGUGGAGCAGAUCCUGGCGGCGGGCCAAGAGGUGGCGAAGCUGGCCGAGCUGGGCAUCCUGCUGGACAGGGACGGCGGCCAGGGCGGGGACGGCGCCCGCUACCUGCUGCAGGUGUUCACCAAGCCUCUCUUUUCCGAGGAGACCUUCUUCCUGGAGCUGAUCCAGAGGCGGGGGGCCACGGGCUUUGGCCAAGGCAACAUCCGAGCCCUGUGGGAGGCCCUGGAGAAGCACAUGGCCGGCUUCCAGGAGGCCCGCCAGCCCCGCUGAGGAAAGCUGGACCUCGCUGCCCCCGCUUCGGUGCCAGCCUCAGCCGCCGGAGCGCUCUCCCCGCAGAAGCCCAACCCCCUCCGGCCUGUGGGCGCAGCCUUGCCCCCUCCUCCCGAGCCAAGGGCGCCAGCCCAGCUGCCUUUUCCCACCUGAAGAGGCAGGGGCCGCGUCCGAAAUUCUGCCAGAAACGGGGGCCGCCGCCUUCUGUUCUCUCCUCAGACCCGGGUUCAAAUGCCAGUGCCGCUUCCUCUGACCUUGGACUUGGCCCUUGGCGGUUUCUCUGGGAUAAAUGCUUCCCAAGGGCCUUCCCCUUCCUAACCUUAGCCCCAGUGCCCUUUGCGGGUUAGUCGCUGACUCCCUAGCCUGAGGGGUCUUCACCCGGCCCGGUGUGAUGAUUGGCACAGGCUGGUGCCAGGAGCCUGGCCCGGGCCCCCAAGCCAUGGGAGUGGCGACCGCAGCCGGAGCCUCCUGGAAGCUGAGUGGGAGGGACCCUGGGGAAUGGAAGGCACUUUCUUGGGGGUGGGGCCCUGCCUCAGCCCUUACCUUCAGUCCUCUGCUAAUAAAGCCUCCCGAAGCUC